GAUGAUGAUGCUGCUGUCGCCGCCGACCGGACUGCCAAAUGUUUUAAUCUGUGGUCCAUUGCGGCUCUGUGUGAAAUGACAUUGCAUUGAACUUCACCUAUCCGCUUUCGUUUUGUGUUCACAUUCGACCGUUUUCCUCCACCCGUUAGAAAUUUUGCGCAAUCACCUCUUCCGCUUUUGAGGAGCUUUACAUACGCGACGUAAGGACGAAUCUAGAGGUUACGGAGCUAAAGCACUAGAGCGCAAAAUCCUCUGCAGUCGCGUAAAUUCAGAUUGCCAUGACAGACUCUUGCGGGGAUGUGAAGCUGGAGGGGAAACAGGCCAGCAAAGAGUUUAAAGAGAGCGAGAACGUUGCCGAAAAAUACUCCGCGAUGACGGGCACCAAGAACGACAUGAACCUGAACGCCGGCGAGCUGCCCGCCGCUUUCACUGCGAUCCCGACUCACAAAUCUGUCAAGAAGCAGAUUCAGUUUGCCAACCAGGAGGAUAAACAGGAGUUCAGCAAAUUCCCUACGAAGACAGGCCGACGCUCUCUGUCUCGCUCCAUCUCUCAAUCUUCAACAGACAGCUACAGCUCAGCUGCCUCAUACACCGAUAGUUCAGACGAUGAGACGUCUCCCCGUGAGAAGAGCCAGGUCAACUCAAAGGGCAGCAGCGACUUCUGCGUCAAAAACAUCAAGCAGGCCGAGUUUGGUCGGCGGGAGAUCGAGAUCGCAGAGCAAGAUAUGUCUGCACUCAUUUCCCUGCGGAAGAGAGCCCAGGGGGAGAAACCACUUGCUGGGGCUAAAGUUGUUGGAUGCACUCACAUCACUGCACAAACCGCAGUCCUGAUCGAGACACUAGUGGCCCUGGGUGCUCAGUGUCGCUGGACUGCUUGUAAUAUUUACUCGACUCAGAAUGAAGUGGCAGCUGCUUUGGCCGAAAGCGGUGUGUCAGUUUUUGCCUGGAAGGGAGAAUCGGAAGACGACUUCUGGUGGUGCAUCGAUCGCUGUGUAAACAUGGAGGGCUGGCAGGCAAACAUGAUCUUGGAUGAUGGGGGUGAUCUGACCCACUGGGUGUAUAAGAAGUACCCAAGUGUAUUUAAAAAAGUGCGGGGGAUUGUGGAGGAGAGUGUUACAGGUGUACACAGGCUGUACCAACUCUCCAAAGCUGGCAAGCUUUGUGUCCCUGCUAUGAAUGUCAACGACUCUGUCACCAAACAGAAGUUUGAUAACCUGUACUGCUGUAGAGAGUCCAUCCUGGAUGGUCUGAAGAGAACGACAGAUGUGAUGUUUGGUGGGAAGCAGGUGGUGGUUUGUGGUUACGGAGAGGUAGGAAAGGGUUGCUGUUCUGCCCUGAAAGCACUUGGAGCCAUUGUGUGUGUGACAGAGAUCGACCCCAUUUGUGCCCUUCAAGCUUGCAUGGACGGGUUCAAAGUGGUGAAGCUGAAUGAGGUGGUCCGCCAAAUGGACAUGGUUAUCACCUGCACAGGGAACAAAAAUGUUGUCACCAGAGAGUACUUGGAUCGAAUGAAGAAUGGAUGUAUUGUUUGUAACAUGGGCCAUUCCAACACUGAGAUUGAUGUGGCGAGUCUGCGGACUCCGGAGCUCACCUGGGAGAGGGUGCGCUCGCAAGUCGACCACAUCAUAUGGCCUGAUGGGAAACGAGUAAUUUUAUUGGCAGAGGGCCGUCUAUUGAACCUGAGCUGCUCAACAGUACCCUCAUUUGUGCUGUCAAUCACAGCCACCACUCAGGCUUUGGCGCUGAUCGAGCUGUACAAUGCACCAGAAGGUCGCUACAAACAGGAUGUCUACCUGCUACCCAAGAAGAUGGAUGAGUAUGUGGCCAGCUUGCAUCUGCCCAACUUUGAUGCUCACCUAACAGAACUGUCAGACGAGCAGGCCAAAUAUAUGGGCCUCAACAAGAAUGGACCAUUUAAACCAAAUUACUACAGAUAUUAGUUGACUGGAUGACUUCAGCCUUCAGCAAAGUUGGGCCUGUAAUAACCAGUGAAUCAAGAAAUUUAUUUUCUAUUAUUAUUCAACAUUUCAUAAAGUGAAACUUGAUUUUACGAAAUGUUAUUCUUAUUUAAUAGCGUUACUAACGUCCAGUGACAAAAUAUAGUUGUCACUAUUAGGCAUAUGUGCAUUGUUAGACUUGAUGUAUUAUAACAUGUUGUAAAUCAUAUUUUAACCUACAUAGGAGAGGACCACUAUCUAUGGCUCUAAACAUGUGCCAAAUUUUGGUUAUAGUAACUGAUCUCACAGGAUAAAUGAUAAUAAUUAUUAUAUUUUGUUUUUACAUGGUUAAUCUGUUUAACGACUAUACUCAGUCAUUCAUGAGUGAAUGAAAAGUUGUCUUUGUGUCUUUGUAAUAUAAAAAAAGUUAGUUUGUCAUAAUAUAUCAGAUUUUUCGCAUAGAAAAAUAUAAUAGCGUUUCUGAAUGAAUGUUACUGCUAAAAGCUAGUGUUUUCUGACAAUAUGAUACACACCACUGUGUGUAGAAACUUCUGACCCAGCAGGACCUGCUGUGAAAUAUACCUCCUUUGGGGGAUUUUACCAAUUGUCACCAACUUGGAUUGGUCUCCCAUUCACGCACACUCCAAUCAUCUCCGUGGCCUUUAACAAAAUAGUGUAGACCAUUUUAUGCUACUGUAUGUAGGCCAAUUUAAGAUGAGAAAAUGUGCAAGCAGUUUAUGAUUAAGAUAAGAUUUUGAGAUUAAAAAUCAUGAGAGGUUUAUAAUUCCUAAUCUUUGAUUACCAUCAAACACACACAUAGUUAAUCAAGCACAUGUUUCUUGAUUAUCACUUCUAAAGGACUAUAAAUGUCUUUUAUAGUCAGAUAUCACUGUGAAUGAUGUCAUUUGAAUACUUGUCUCAUAAACACUGUGGUUGACAUUGCAAUGUUUGUCAUACUGUAUGUGUUCCUUUUCCCUAAGUGUCAAUCCCUUUCAAGCCUGCCUUUUGAAAAUUAUUAUACAAAUAAACAAUAUCAAAUGUU